AUGGCGUCUGCCGUAGACAGGGUACAGAUGAGGCUGCAAGAGGCCAUGGACCAGGGCAACCAGGCGUCCCUGGGACAGGCAAUUGACGCUUCGAAGGGCGUGAACGGACUCAAGCAGCUUCGACGCUCCGCCAAGGCCCGGCUGAAACAAUUGUCUGCGGAUCAGAACCGCUCCAUGAUUGGGUCCCGCAUGCAGCAGCAGCAACAUCAGCAGACGACAGAGGAGCCCUUGACAUGGAGGACGUCCGAACAGGGCGGUCGGUAUCGUGCGGUGGCUCACUUGCCCACGUCCAUCAUCGGCUGGGUGAUCGGGCACAAGGGCUGCAACGCGCGCAUGCUGAAGCAGCAGACGGGCACAGAGCUCUGGGUGGAUGUUCCCGGGCAGUGUGUGAUUGUUGAGUCGAGGGCCAUCCAGGAGGUGGAGGGGGCCAUGGAAACCGUCAACGACUUCGUCAAAACGGCUCCCACGUUUAUUGCCAAGGCCCAGUCGACCAGCGGCGGCGGCGUCACGCAGACCGUUCAGUGUCCGGUUAACCUGCUGCCGUCCAUCCAGAGGCUCAGCCGCAAGAUACAGGCUGAGAGCGGCGCCAACUGCGUGUUCGCAAACUGCAAGGUCAGGCCCUUUUCAACAACUCAACCCCAACCCUAA